CGGACGGAGGCCCCCCCCCCCCCCAACCCGCUCCGCGGGGCGCGCCGAGGUUUCCUUUUCCUUGUAAAAGCUCCUCGUUGAAGCUGUGUAUUUGCUAUUCACCCUUAAGCCACCGUAAGUCUAACUGACUUGCUAGUUUCAGAACCAUGGCAACAGAAGAGAAAAAGCCAGAGACAGAAGCCACCAAAACACAGUCAACACCUUCCUCAUCAACCAAUCAGACUAAGCCUGCACCUGUAAAACCAAAUUAUGCUCUCAAAUUCACCCUAGCAGGACACACUAAAGCCGUAUCUUCAGUAAAAUUCAGCCCUAAUGGAGAAUGGUUAGCAAGUUCUUCGGCGGAUAAGCUAAUUAAAAUUUGGGGAGCAUAUGAUGGAAAAUUUGAGAAAACAAUAUCUGGUCACAAACUGGGAAUAUCAGAUGUUGCUUGGUCAUCAGAUUCCAAUCUCCUUGUUUCUGCCUCAGAUGAUAAAACGCUCAAAAUAUGGGAUGUCAGCUCGGGAAAGUGUUUAAAAACACUGAAGGGACACAGCAAUUACGUCUUCUGCUGUAAUUUCAACCCUCAGUCCAACCUCAUCGUUUCGGGAUCCUUUGAUGAGAGUGUGAGGAUAUGGGAUGUGAAAACAGGGAAGUGCCUCAAGACAUUGCCUGCUCAUUCUGACCCGGUUUCAGCUGUGCAUUUUAAUCGUGAUGGGUCCUUGAUAGUAUCCAGUAGUUACGAUGGUCUCUGUCGAAUCUGGGAUACAGCAUCAGGUCAAUGCUUAAAAACGCUUAUUGAUGAUGAUAACCCUCCUGUGUCUUUUGUGAAAUUUUCUCCAAAUGGUAAAUAUAUUCUAGCUGCAACUUUGGACAACACUCUUAAACUAUGGGACUACAGCAAAGGGAAGUGCCUGAAGACGUACACUGGUCAUAAGAAUGAAAAAUACUGCAUAUUUGCUAACUUUUCAGUUACUGGUGGAAAGUGGAUCGUGUCUGGUUCAGAAGAUAACCUGGUUUACAUUUGGAAUCUUCAAACAAAAGAGAUUGUACAGAAAUUACAAGGGCACACAGAUGUUGUGAUCUCAACAGCUUGCCAUCCUACAGAAAACAUCAUUGCGUCAGCUGCACUAGAAAAUGACAAAACAAUUAAACUGUGGAAGAGUGACUGUUAACCCUGUCUGUUCCUGUGGGGGAAAAUAUUCCUAAAAUAUUGAUAACCAUUGAAUUAAUAAAAUACUUUUUAAAUUUAAUCUUUUUAAUUAUUUUCUAUCAAGUUUUGGGUUAUUUCUCUGAGAAUACUUGGGUCAUUAAUACAGUGGUAUUCGUGAGAAAUCGUGUUUGUACAGUUUGUACAAAUGUACAAAAUUUUAUUUUAACUUUGCAUUGCUUUCCCUGUGUGCUACUGCAAACAAAGCAAUGCCAGAAGUCAUGCAGAAUGGUUUCUCUGGGGGUUUUGGCAGACUGUAUAUAUGUGCGAAUAUGGUUCAGAUAUGCAAACCAAACCUUGGCCCAGAUUCUCAAAUGAAACAGCUAAUUUGAGAAAAGAGGCACUUAUGCAUGCACGAAACUUUGUUAUAUGCAGUUGGAUUUACUUACACUCGUAAUUGAUAUACUUCGCAUUUCUUUGUUUCGAUGAAGAAAAAAAAACCAGAAAGCACUAUUUGUGCUGCCAUAAAAAUCCUGUCCAACAUUAGCUCUGCCAAACUCCAAAUGAAAUACAGAGCUAAAGAGGGAUGUCAAAUGAUCGUGUUAUCCUGUAGUACAACAGUCCAAGAUGGUCAAGGUGUGAAAACCCUUGAAGUGCAUGUUUGGAUUAUUUUCCUGAGCCUUAGUUAAACCCCCUUUCGAUAUAUCGUGUUAGAGGCUGUAUGAAGAUGAGGAAAAACAGGCCACGUUUGGCAGGGGGCCUGAAUAAUGACAGUAGUAAUUUUCUCUGCCCAAAGGGGGUGGGGAGGAAACAACCUUUUAUUUUCCUCCUUUUGAAUUGGGGAUUCUGGGAGAAGAGAUACUACCUGCUUAAUUUUGGUAAGUAAUGAUUUUUAAUACUUGAUGGAUAUUGUCAACCGUACUGAUAGACUCAAUGAUUCCCAAACUCAAAUGAGUCUAAAAAUAUCCCGAAUGGUUAACUUUUUAUUUCCGAAGGAAAGAAUUUCAGUCCAGUACCAGGGCUUCUUUCCCCACUCCCACCCCCACCUUAAACAAGUAUGGUUUAUCUUUUCCAAAGAUGCAUCAUUUCUCACCAUAUUGCUCCAACUCUGUGACCAAAUACAACCAUGUAGUUCCUGACUUUCUUGCCUUGUUUCUUCUACUUAAGCGAAAGAUCUAUUACCUUCUGUAUAGUUGCUUACCUCUUGUUACGUGUUUAAUAGAUGCUGUUGUAGCACAGGCUUCCAAUUCUUUUCCCCCCGCUUAAACCAUUAAAUGAUUCCUGCUUGUAAUAGUUUGCGGCAUAUUUUAAAUCUUUCUGACUGAGUUCAGACCAUUGUAAAGUUACUUCAGUGUAUAAAUGAUUUUGUAUCUUGAAAGUUCAUGGUAUGGAACUGUAUUGCUAAUGGCAUGACUGUAUAUUUCAGCCUCAAUAUUUUUCCGUUUUGUCACACACUAGUGUUUUACACAUUCAACAGUACCAUAUACCGUAAUAAAAAAGGUGGGACUUUGUGUACA